AAUUACUAAUAAUUGUAAUUUUUGCGCCUGUACAUUUUUUUUGGUGUUUUUUAUUUUCUGGGAAGAUUUGUAUAAACUAUCAUGCUUCUGAAAAAAGGAGCUGGAAAGCAAUUCAGAAAUUUACGAAAUUUAGGCAAAUCUUAGCGGUACAAAAUAUUAUGGAAACUGCUGUAAAAGAAAGAAGAAAGAGGACUUUCUGGAACGAUGCAUCAGAAGCUUACUUUGUCGAUUUAUGGGAGCAACAGCUUGACCAAUUGCUCAGUGAGAAGAAAAAUACUCAUGUUUACCAAGAGAUGUCCGCCAAUUUGGCCAAACACGGUAUUGAACUGUCUGUGCCCGAUAUUAAAUACAAAAUAUCCAACUUGACCGCUAAGUACAGAAAAUGCAGCGUCGCGUUAGCGUCAACCGAUAGUGCGCCGGUGGUGUGGCCUUUAUAUGAACAGUUGCACAGAAUAAUUAGCCGUAAAUCUCUCAACACCACCGAUGAUGCUUCUGAGGGGAGCAUUGAGCGCAAAGUUCCAGUUAACUUAGAAGCUUUUUUGACUCCGCUGGCGGCGCCUUUGUUCUCGCCUUCCUUCGAUUCCAACGCAUUUACAUCGCACCAGCCAUAUAGCACAGAAUUGCCGACAUCGACAAAUGUGCGCGCUUCGAAAAGACAAAACUCAGAAAAAAUAAUUGCAAUUUGCGAAUGCUUGAAGGCAUCAGCCGACGAGAAAAACCAGCUCAUGAGAGAAAUGGUCAAAGUAGAAAGGGAGAAGUUGGAAGUUUUGAAGGAUUUACGGGACGACAAUAAGAAACUCACUAAAGCAAUUAUGGACUAUUUGAGUCGAAAGCAGUAACAUUUUUAAUUAUAAGUAAUUCUUUAUUAAGUUUAUUUAAGAAAUUAUUAAUUUAAGCUAUUUGAUUUUAACUCGAUAUCCUAAACUCUAGACUUUGUAACGAGAAUUAUGUAGAAAGUUUAUACGGUAAAUUGUAAGAUUAGUUUUUAUUAUUAAAUCUGGUGAUUUAUGGAUUUGCAUUAAGUCUAUAAAGAACUUGUUUUACUGUAAGACCGAUAAAUAUCGAUAGCAUAUACGAUUUCUUGUUUCACGCUUAAGUUCUAAUAAUUAAUUAUAAAUAGCUAUAAUAAUUAUAAUAAAUAAGAAAUACUUUAAUUUAUAUUUUUGAAUCAAAAUAAACUAUUUUACUACAAACCAAAUAAAAACCAUUAUUACAGAAGUGUAUGGAUAAUAAUUUUGAGUAAUCAAUUUUUUAAUUUCAUUUAUUGUGAAAUAUUACUUUGGUACUUUUCCGUUUCCCGAAUACCAUUACAUACAUACAUAUGUUCAUACAUAUAACAUAAAUAAUAGUUUAGUGCGCAACGAGCUUUUAGUCGUUUGCUGGCGUCUCAAUCGUAAAUGUAAACCUGGGAGUCAUAAAGUGAGAAGUUUAUCCACCAAAUAUGGCGUCAUCGAUUGGGUUGUUAAAAGAUCAAACUAUAAGCUUUGCGAUACAAAACUUUGCCCAGUUAAUCAAUAGCCCAGAGUUCCUUGACUACUCAUCGGAAACACUACAACGCAUUCUAAGCGCCGAUGAACUGAAUAUCGAUUGUGAAGUGGAUGUCUUUCAUGCGCUUAUGCGAUGGUACGAGCAUGAUCAAGAAAAUCGCAGAAAAUAUCUUUCCCUGCUAAUACCCGCACUGAAACUCGAUCAAUUUGAUGCCGCAUUCAUAAUAAAAUACAUAAAACCUUUGCUUAAUGGUGACCAAGUAGCAUUCGAAACAUUGUCAUUGCUGGGCGAAUCGACCGUUACGGAUAGGCGGCCAAUACCCGACUAUUUGAAAGCGCGAAAUGAGUGGAAAUGCCGGGUGCUGAUUUUGAACGACGUGAAAAAACUUAAACCCAUCCUUCGAUACAACAUGUCACUCAACAAAUGGCAGAAGUGCUCUGAAUUUAAAUUUAUCGAUUACAGUUAUGCUGUGUUUUAUCACAAAAACUGUCUGCUAUUCGUUGGCGGGCGUUCUCGAGGCGUUCAGCGGAAUAACACUAUUAAACGUCUUGAUUUGCAAACUUUUAAGUGGCAGAAAAUGUCGGAGAUGUCACAGCGUCGUGAUGAUUUGUCCGCGGUGAUGCUAAGAGGGAAGAUUUAUGUUUUCGGCGGACACGAUGGCGAUGAUCCCUUUGAUACAGCGGAAAUGUACGAUAUAGACACAAACCAAUGGCAAUUACUGCCCUCUAUGGCCUAUCGCAGAUAUGGCGCAGGCGCUACUGUUUACGAUGGCAAAAUUUUCAUAUUCGGUGGUUUGAGCAUAGACUGUAAGCCACUAAGUUCAGUAGAAUGCUAUGAUCCGUUAUCAAAUACUUGGAUAAGUUGCUGUGAUAUGCGCGGAGCACGUGGUUGGACGGGCGUUGCUGCAUUAGAUGGUUUGAUAUACAUUAUUGGUGGUUAUAAUGAAGGCUACCUAGCUACUGCAGAAUGCUUCGAUCCACAGCUAAAUAUUUGUAGAGAGUAAAUAAAUUGCAGAUUUCACCGUUAAAUGUCGCACGUUUCGGAAUAUAUGCCAUCGUAGUUAACAAGCGAAUAAGGGCAUUGGCCGGAAAUGAUAUGUAUACGGUCGAGGAAUAUGAUAGUGAUAAUGAUAAAUGGGUUGAAAAAACACCAUUACCUGUUUAUGGUAUAUUCAGCUGUGUGGAAGUGCCUAACCAUAUUGUAAAUAAGUUGCAAACGCGCUAUUUUGUUAAAAAUAAUAAUUAUAAAAUAAAAACAGAUUAAUAAACAAAAUAUUAUAUGUAUUAAUAUAGAAGAGGG